CCUUCCAGCACGGCUCUGACCACUCAUUUCCUCUGGGGUAGCUGUAGAGUGAAGAAGGCACAGCAACGGCACUAUGAGGCCUCAGAGGAAAGCCAGGUGACAGAAUGCCAUUCAUUAUAAGAGGAAGACCCCUGAGGGGGGCCCAGUAUGCCAGCAACAAAAGGACCACUUCCUGUGCUGAUGCCUCGGCCCUCUGGUCAGAAAGCCAAACUCAUCUGCACCAGCUCAGCCCGACUGAGCCCUUGCACGCCCCUGCCAGCACCGGUAAGCCCGUGGGCUCGUCCUAUGGCCUCCUUGGAGCGAACAGCGGCAUUCAGGGUCCUGGCUCUGCCUGUGGCACCGGCACAGGCACCAGCACUGGCACCGGCGUCAGCCCUGUCCUGGCCUGGCACGCCGCCAUUGACGCUGCUCGCCAGGCACAGGGCGAUGCCGCCAAGCCCGACAUGAGACCGCAGCCCUCUGUGUGCACCACUGGAGCGGCCCCGGUGGGCUCGUUGGCUCAGAGGAAGAGGCAGCAGUACGCCAAGAGCAAAAAGCAGGGCGGGUCCACCAACAGCCGGCCACCCAGAGCUCUGUUCUGUCUCACUCUCAACAACCCCAUACGCAGGGCCUGCAUCAGCCUGGUCGAGUGGAAACCCUUUGAUAUAUUUAUACUGCUCUCAAUCUUUGCCAACUGUGUGGCCUUAGCCAUCUACAUCCCCUUCCCCGGAGACGACUCCAAUUCUACCAACCAAGAGCUGGAAACUGUGGAAUAUGCCUUCCUGAUCAUUUUCACUAUCGAGACAUUUAUGAAGAUUAUUGCCUACGGCUUGGUCAUGCACCAGAACUCCUAUGUCAGAAAUGGUUGGAACAUGCUGGACUUUGUUAUCGUCAUCGUGGGUUUGUUCAGCGUAAUCCUGGAGAUGAUAACCAAAGACGCGGACUCGAGUGGCCAGUCAGGAGGCAAACCUGGGGGGUUUGAUGUCAAGGCCCUCCGAGCCUUUCGUGUGCUUCGCCCCCUUCGCCUUGUCUCCGGAGUUCCCAGUCUACAAGUGGUUUUGAACUCCAUCAUCAAAGCCAUGGUCCCCCUGCUUCACAUCGCCCUGCUCGUCCUCUUUGUCAUCAUCAUCUAUGCCAUCAUCGGUCUCGAGCUCUUCAUCGGCAAAAUGCACGCUACCUGCUACAUGAUAAAAACAGGUGCGCUAGCAGAAGAAGAUCCAAGGCCGUGCGCAAUGUCAGGAAACGGCCGCCACUGCACGCUGAACACGAGCGUAUGCAGGGAAGGCUGGCAAGGUCCUAACAACGGCAUCACCAACUUUGACAACUUCCUGUUUGCCAUGCUCACGGUGUUUCAGUGCAUCACCAUGGAGGGAUGGACCGACGUGCUCUAUUGGAUGAAUGAUGCGAUGGGCUUUGAGCUGCCGUGGGUCUACUUUGUCAGUCUGGUCAUCUUUGGAUCCUUCUUUGUUCUUAAUCUGGUCUUGGGUGUCCUUAGUGGAGAGUUUUCAAAAGAGCGAGAGAAGGCCAAGGCACGAGGUGACUUCCAGAAGCUACGUGAGAAGCAGCAGCUGGAGGAGGACCUGAAGGGCUACCUGGACUGGAUCACGCAGGCCGAGGACAUCGACCCCGAGAACGAGGAGGAGGGAGAUGAGGAGGGCAAGUGCAACAGGGUCACACUAGCCGACCUCACAGAGAAGAAGAAGGGAAAGUUUGGCUGGUUCACUCAGUCCACAGAAACGCAGGCGAGCGUGCCCACCAGCGAGACGGAGUCUGUUAACACCGACAAUCACAGUGGCGACGACGACAAAUGGCUCUGCUGUGCUCCUUUGUGUAAAAAAAUAACUAAAUCAAAGUGCAGUCGUCAGGGGCGGCGGUGGAAUCGCUUCUGGCGCAGGAAGUGUCGAGCGGCAGUGAAAUCUGUGACUUUUUACUGGCUGGUCAUCAUCUUGGUGUUCCUCAAUACGCUCACCAUCGCUUCAGAACACUACAAUCAACCCAACUGGCUCACCGAAGUUCAAGAUGCAGCCAACAAAGUCCUCUUAGCCAUGUUCACCUUGGAGAUGCUCGUGAAAAUGUACAGUUUGGGGCUGCAGGCCUACUUUGUGUCCCUGUUCAAUCGCUUCGAUUGCUUUGUGGUGUGCGGUGGCAUCGUCGAGACAAUCCUUGUGGAGCUGGCCAUCAUGUCUCCGCUCGGCAUCUCUGUCUUCCGCUGUGUCCGCCUACUGAGGAUCUUUAAGGUCACACGCCACUGGGCAUCACUGAGUAACCUGGUGGCCUCCCUGCUCAACUCAAUGAAGUCCAUCGCCUCCCUGUUGCUGCUCCUCUUCCUCUUCAUCAUCAUCUUCUCCCUGCUGGGCAUGCAGCUGUUUGGGGGCAAGUUCAACUUUGAUGAGACCGUUACCAAACGCAGCACCUUCGACAACUUCCCCCAGGCCCUCCUGACCGUGUUCCAGAUCUUGACAGGAGAAGACUGGAACACGGUGAUGUAUGACGGCAUCAUGGCGUAUGGUGGUCCCGCCUCCUCCGGAAUGGUGGUCUGCAUUUACUUCAUCAUCCUCUUCAUCUGCGGGAACUACAUCUUGCUCAACGUGUUCUUGGCCAUCGCAGUGGACAACUUGGCUGACGCCGAGAGUCUCAACACGGCGCAGAAGGAGGAGGAAGAGGCGAAGAAGAGGAGGAACAGUGCCAAGGAAGUGGGCAUAGACCAGAGAGUAGAAAUAAUACAAAACACAGACGGAGAAACAAAGGUGCCAGUGGAGCUGUUACUGAAGGAGGACAAAGAACUUUACUCUAUUAACUCACCGGUGUGUUGCGUGAAUGACGACAAUGAUGACCUUCCAGAGGUCCCCGCCAGGCCCCGCCCUCAUAGGCUGUCCGAGCUGACCCUCAAGGAAAAAACUCCCCCCAUCCCGGAGGGAAGCGCCUUCUUCAUCUUCAGCAGCACCAAUCCGUUUCGAGUGUUCUGCCAUAAGCUGAUCAACCAUCAGAUCUUCACAAACCUCAUCCUGGUCUUCAUCAUGCUCAGCUCUGUGUCUUUGGCCGCUGAGGACCCCAUACGCAGCUUCUCUGCACGCAAUAUUAUACUCGGUUAUUUUGACUAUGCUUUCACGGCAAUCUUUACUGUUGAGAUCCUGUUGAAGAUCCUAGGCUAUGCAGACUAUGUCUUCACUAGUAUGUUUACAUUUGAGAUCCUUAUUAAGAUGACUGCGUUUGGAGCAUUCCUUCAUAAAGGAGCUUUUUGUCGCAACUACUUCAACCUCCUGGACCUGCUGGUUGUUGGAGUGUCUCUGGUCUCCUUUGGUAUUCAGUCUUCUGCUAUCUCUGUGGUAAAGAUUCUCCGUAUUUUGAGAGUCCUCCGGCCGCUCAGGGCCAUCAACAGAGCCAAAGGACUCAAGCAUGUGGUCCAGUGUGUAUUUGUUGCCAUCAGGACCAUCGGCAACAUCAUGAUUGUCACCACGCUGCUGCAGUUCAUGUUUGCUUGUAUUGGAGUGCAGCUCUUCAAGGGAAAGUUUUAUCGCUGCACAGAUGAUGCAAAGUCUAGUCCGGAGGAAUGCAAGGGCACUUACAUCCUCUACAACAACGGCGACACAGCCAUGCCCAUGGUCAAGGAUAGGAUAUGGCACAACAGCGACUUCAACUUCGACAAUGUUCUUGUGGCUAUGAUGGCUCUUUUCACAGUGUCCACCUUCGAAGGAUGGCCCACCCUCUUGUACAAGGCCAUUGACUCCAACAGAGAAAACAUGGGCCCGAUUUACAACUACCGCAUUGAGAUCUCCAUCUUCUUCAUCAUCUACAUCAUUAUCAUCGCCUUCUUCAUGAUGAACAUCUUCGUGGGCUUUGUCAUUGUCACCUUCCAGGAACAAGGGGAGAAGGAGUACAAGAACUGUGAACUGGACAAGAACCAGCGCCAGUGUGUGGAGUACGCUCUCAAAGCCCGCCCCCUGCGUCGCUACAUCCCUAAAAACCCCUACCAGUACAAGUUCUGGUAUGUGGUCAACUCCACCGGCUUUGAGUACGUCAUGUUUGUCCUGAUCAUCCUCAACACGCUGUGUCUGUCCAUACAGCACCAUGGCCAGUCUCACCUGUUCUACUACACCAUGGACAUCCUGAACAUGGUCUUCACUGGUGUUUUCACUGUGGAGAUGAUCCUCAAGCUCAUCGCCUUCAAGCCCAGGAACUAUUUUGCUGAUGCAUGGAACACGUUUGAUGCCUUAAUUGUUGUGGGUAGCGUGGUUGACAUUGCCAUCACUGAGGUCAAUUCGACAGCCCUUCCUGUCGUCAAGGUGAUAGUGGAACCCGGGAACACAGAAGACAGCGCUCGCAUCUCUAUCACAUUCUUCCGCCUGUUUCGAGUGAUGCGAUUGGUCAAGUUGCUGAGCAGGGGGGAGGGCAUCAGGACCCUACUAUGGACCUUUAUCAAAUCCUUUCAGGCUCUCCCUUAUGUCGCACUUCUGAUAGCAAUGCUGUUCUUCAUCUAUGCAGUCAUUGGCAUGCAGGUUUUUGGGAAAAUAGCCAUGGUGGAUGGAACACAGAUCAACCGCAACAACAACUUCCAAACGUUCCCUCAGUCUGUCCUGAUGCUCUUCAGAUGUGCCACAGGGGAGGCCUGGCAAGAGAUCAUGCUGGCCUGUCUGCCGGGGAAGUUGUGCGACUCUGAGUCGGACUACAACCCCGGCGAGGAAAGAACGUGUGGCAGCAGCUUUGCCAUUAUCUACUUCAUCACUUUCUACAUGCUCUGCGCCUUCCUGAUCAUUAACUUGUUUGUCGCCGUCAUCAUGGAUAACUUUGACUAUCUCACACGUGAUUGGUCCAUUCUCGGACCGCAUCAUCUUGAUGAGUUUAAGAGGAUCUGGUCUGAAUAUGAUCCAGAAGCAAAGGGCAGGAUAAAACACCUGGAUGUGGUGACCCUGCUGAGGAGGAUCCAACCUCCCCUUGGAUUUGGCAAACUCUGUCCUCACAGAGUGGCCUGCAAGCGUCUGGUGGCCAUGAACAUGCCUCUGAACAGCGACGGCACUGUCAUGUUUAACGCCACUUUGUUCGCACUUGUACGCACUGCACUAAAGAUCAAGACAGAAGGCAACCUGGAACAAGCCAAUGAGGAGCUGAGAGCUGUGAUCAAGAAGAUCUGGAAGAGGACCAGCAUGAAGCUCCUGGAUCAAGUAGUGCCCCCUGCAGGUGAUGACGAGGUAACAGUGGGGAAGUUCUAUGCCACCUUCCUGAUACAGGACUACUUCAGGAAGUUCAAGAGGCGCAAAGAGAAAGGCCUGGUGGGCAGGCGCUCCUUCGACAGGAUCAACACCACCAUGGCUUUGCAGGCUGGCCUGCGCACGCUGCAUGACAUUGGACCCGAGAUCCGUCGAGCCAUAUCAUGUGACCUGCAGGAGGAGGGGCUUGUAGAUUUGACCGAGGAGGAAGAUGAGGGAAUUUAUAGGCGUAAUGGCGGCCUUUUUGGUAACCACGCCAACCACGUCAGCACCACCCCGCAAGGCUUGGCUCAGCUGACCACCGUCACUCAACGUCCUCUUCAGAUUCUCCCAAUUUCCUCCAGUGCCUCAACAGCCGAACCUGCUCACACGGGCCUGAUGGACAACAACAGAAGCGAGGAGACAGACAUGAACUUGUCUCCCCUCCAGUAUAAUCAUCAUCAUCAUCCGUCAGAUUACUCCUGUUUUAAUUCCAAUGGCCAACAGUCGCCCGCUCCCUCCAACUCAAACCUGAACAACGCCAAUGUGCCACCACUUCUCUCCAUCACCAACGAGAGGCAGCAGAAGUGUUUCCUAUCGCCCGACCGCCCGACUUCCGCAGCCAGGACAGGAUCACCGGUGUCCACCAGCAAGCCUUGGAAGUCUCUCUCCAUAAGGAGGCGCUGCUAUGAGGCCUACAUUAGCAGGUCAGAGGAUGUUAGGGGGCGUUACGCCAACAUUGGGCGAUUAGAGGAUGAGGGAGGAGACAGCGAUGAGGAUCAAGGCUCAGCAGAGUACUACUAUAGCGGGGACGAGUCCCAUGAGGAUGACAUCAUGCUCACGAAGGACAGGCUGUCAAAUAAAGACAACGUGGAUUUGGAAGGCCAGGUCUCCAGCAUGGAACAUCAGUCUGAUUGUUACUAUGACGACGACCAGCAGCCUAUAUGCCAAGAGAGCAGGCAGUCGCCCAGGAGAUGGUUUCUGUCUUCGCCUCAAGCCCUCAACAGACCAGCUUUCAGUUUCGAGUGUCUUCGCAAAAGAAGUGGUCAGGAGGAAGCUCCUCCCUCUCCUUCCUGCACAGCACUUCCACUGCACUUGCUCCAACAACAGGUCAUGGCGGUGGCCGGUCUGGACGCCAGCAGACUUCAACGCCUGUCCCCCACGCGGUCCGUCUACUCCUGGGCCACGCCCCCUGCCUCGCCCCUGGCCAGCGACUGCUCACCUUGCUACACGCCACUCAUCCAGGUGGACUGGAGGAGCUCAGGGAGCGUGGGCAACAUCCCGGCGGCAAUGAAGAGGAGCUCGUGGUACACGGAUGGACAGGACGGCGUGUCCGUCCACGGCCGCUCGCCUUCUCGGCUUCACCUUCCCACAGGGCGCUGCUCGCAAUUCCUGCAGAAGAGAGGCAGCGCCAACAGUCUGGUGGAGGCGGCAUUGAUCUCCGAGGGUCUGGGAAAGUAUGCCAGGGAUCCCAAGUUUGUAUCGGCCACCAAACAGGAGAUCGCAGACGCCUGCGAGUUGACCAUUGACGAGAUGGAGAGCGCCGCCAGCAACCUGCUGAACGGCAGCAUGGCCGACACAGGGGGUGGCUCGGGGACCGCCAGCUCGGAACCCGCCGUGCACAACAUGCGGGACUACAGCGACGAGGAGACGUACGCCGCUGCCGCCAAGCAGGAGGAGGACCUCACGGACGAGAUGAUAUGCAUCACGUCAAUAUAGCAACAACACGAUGGAUUUUUUUUACUAUAGAUUGAUGGAUUGUCCUCCCGCAAUAGACGACAUAAGAGAAUGAAGUGCCUUGUUUUGUCUUUCGACACGACACCAACUGAACAACACCUAUGAAAACAAGCACACUCAUGAGAUGUCAUUUAUUUUUUUAUAGCCCCCCCUCCCCCAGGUGUGAAUGCUGAUGGUUUCAUUUCACGAGUGGUGAUCAAUUACGGUGACGAGACUUGUGAGUGUGUAAGUAUUUGGUCUCCACUUUAAAUAAUACUUGAAAUACAGUGGAACCUCUCACCGUCUAGUUUUCCCCAUUGGAAGUCGUGCUAAUAGAAACCAUGUGUUCCAAGCUCAAACUGGGGCCAUCAUAACACCUUUAUUGAUGGUGCAGGCAAUGUUUUCGGUCACAUUUAGUCAUACAAGUGUAAAAAGAAGAUGAGCAGCCAGGACACGGACGCGUAUAACGUUUCCUGCUUGAUGGCUAUCAAACACUUUUCCUCUAUGCUGUGGUGACCAAAUAAAAAGCAUCACUCUUCUUUUUCACACGCUUAACUGUCAUACAAGUGUAAAAAGAAGUUAACCGUGAGGGUUUGGCCAAAAUGUGCACAUCAGACGUGUAACACGUUUAGGGUUCUAUGGCCAUCACCACAUUCGUACCUUCUUGCUACCAAAAAUGUCAAAUAAAAAGCAUCUCAAUUGUUUUCACAUCUUCCAAGUGUAAAAAGAAGUUAAGGUUGCAAGAUGCGUCGCAUUAAUGCUGCUCACAUCACUAUGCUUCGUUCCACCAUUUGUACCUGUGCUGUGGUGACAAAAAAAGCUAAAUAAAAAGCAUCAUACUGGGCUGCAGCAGCCAGGACAUGUCAGAUGUGUAACAUUUGCUGUUCUAUCGUUAUCGUCACACUUCUCCUCCAUGCCAUCCCCGGUGGUGUGUGGAUACAAACAAGCCAAAUAAGAAGCAUCACUCUUCUUUCCCACAUUCUUAACUGUCAUAAAAAGAAGCAUUAAUGCGGCUCAUUGUACUGAGCAACCAGGACAUGUCGGAUGUGCAUACCACUUUCCUAUGUCACCAUUUCCAAUUCUAACUAUCUUUUUGUAGCUGCAUCAAGCAAAAACGCUAAACGCAAAUACAAAGCUCAAGGAGUUAAUGCUUUAGUUAAUACUGACUGAGCUGAAGCCUCACAAAAAUAUGACCUUAGGGCAACAGAGGCAUAUUUUUCCAUACACUUUGUGACAAAUUCCUUAUUGUUCCACCUUAGCAGAGGUUCCACUGUAUUUAUUUGUCAAUUUAUGUGUGCAGAAGUCGGACUAAAGCCGUUAAUUUACCAUUUUUGGAUGUGACUUCAUGUUAUUGACUGGACUUGAAAAGAAAAAUACAUAUCACUUGAGACAAAACAAAUCUAUAAAUAUAGUCUUUGUCCUCAGGCAUAUCUUCCUGCUUCCCAAUGACAUAUUCCUAUUUCCAUGAAGGAUAUUUUCAGGCAUACAUGAUAUUCCAUACGUUGUCUUGCACACUAAAUGCAACGAUUAACUUGAACAGAGGACAAAUGGGGGUCACAAACUGCUGCAACAUGUUUAGAUCACUACACCAUGUACUAGUAACGUCAUUUAAUGUGUUUUAUGGGCUCGGGUCUCAGGGUAAAAAAAUGUCAAUUUAUCAUGCUUAAGUUGUCAUGACAUCACCACAAUCUCAUUUCCUCAUUUCUUCCCCUCACGGCUCCAAAAAGUACGCUUCAAAUGGAUAUUGGUCAUUAAUUCUGCCGGCUUUACAUUUAAACAACACCAUCUAAAGCAGGGGUAGGGAACCUAUGGCUCGGGAGCCAGUUGUGGCUCUUUUGAUGACUGCAUCUGGCUCUCAGACAUUUCUUAACACCAUAAAAUGUGUUUAUUUUAAUUUGUUUUCCUGACAUUUUAAAGUAAAACAUUACAGAAACAGAAACAUUACAAAAUUCAAAAUAUGCAUUGUAAUGCAUUUUAAACCCAUCCAUUUUUUUUUCUAGCGCAAUGCCAGCUGUCCUUCCCAUGUUUUCCGUGUCAGACACCAAAACUUGAUUAUUAUUGGGGUUGUCCCUCCUUUAAUCAAACCUUCUUUAAUCAAAUAGUCAGCUAGCUAAUUGUGAAGAGACAACCCUUUUGAUGAAAAAGGAAAAGAAAGAAAGAUACGGAGUAGGUCACAAAACCAUGCAGCACCAGAAGUUGCAUUAAUGGUAAAAAGUUAUUUAUUAUUGGUUAGCUUCAAUAUAACAACAUUAUUACAAAGAAUACAUUCAGAGACUGAUAUUCUAAAAUUGCUAGUAUUCCUUAAAUACUGUAUACACACAUUUGGUUGUAUUCGGUGUUAAAAAAUAUGAUAUGGCUCUCACGGAAAUACAUUUUAAAAUAUGUGGCUUUCAUGGCUCUCUUAGCCAAAAAGGUUCCCGACCUCUGAUCUAAAGGAAGAUUAUAUUUUCUUCAAAAAAUCAAAAUCAAAAAUAAAUAUAUAUGUAUAUAUGGAUUGACUGUUCCCAUUUAUUUAUUUUCAUUAUUAAUAAAAAAAAGAAGAAAGAAACAUUGCACAAUUGCACAAUGUAAUAUGUUAAUAAAAUGUAAACUAUCAAAAACUACAAAAUGAUUUAUAUUGGGAUGACAAAAUCUAAAAUGAAAAUAAAUCUAAUAAUAAAGAUAAGAAAUACAUCUACACAUUUUGUAUUAAAAAUAAAAUGUAUUCUUGUAACUUUCGUCAUUUAAGAAAAAUAAUGAUGGUUAUAUCUAACUUACUAAUAGGUAAUGGAUAAUUAUUUAAUUACUAUUUAAUGAAUAAUUUUGUAAUCUUAAUACUACAAAAAAAUCUGAUUUUCUUAUUAGUUACACCUGAUUGACUUGAUGCAAAUGAAUACAAAUACAAUUUAUAAUAUAACAAUAUUUUUAUUACAAAUAUGUAACAAUACUUUUGCUUCGUUUCUUUAACUACGUAUGAAGCCACUGAUUAGUCUACCGUAUACCGAAAAACCAAAGCCUACCUGUUGAAUAACAAAAAAAUGCAUUAAAAAAAUCCCCAUUGUGUAAAUUUGUAGUUUUGUGCUGAAAAAAAUUCAGAUGUCAUAAAAUGGGGUUUAACAACAUCAGGAAAUAUGAGUGAUCGCUGGGGGGGUUUGCAGGUCAUUUAUCCAAAAUAUUUGAGUUUUUGGCACCUUUCGUGUAUGUACUGUAUGUGCAAUCUUUAUUUUUUAUGUAUCUGUUUUGUAAUGUUCCACUGCUUUACAUUUACUUAAGUAACAUUGUAAAAAAAAAAAAAAACUGUACAGUAUUUAUAUAAAACACUAACUUGAAAGUUUCUGGUUUAGUUGUUUGGAAGAAGAGAAUCGGGAAGAUUCCCGAUUCUCCUUUGGGCAUUUCUGUGUGGAGUUUGCAUGUUCUCCCCGUGCGUGUGUGGGUUUUCUCCGGGUACUCCGGUUUCCUCCCACAUUCCAAAAACAUGCAUGUUAGGUUAAUUGGUGACUCUAAAUUGUCCAUAGGUAUGAAUGUGAGUGUGAAUGGUUGUUUGUCUAUAUGUGCCCUGCCAUUGGUUGGCGACCAGUCCAGGGUGCACCCCGCCUGCCGCCCGAAGUCAGCUGGGAUAGGCUCCAGCAUACCCCCGCGGUAUAGAAAAUGGAUGGAUGGAUGAAAGAAUAUAGGUUGAAGU